CUGGGGGUUAUUUCUUGUUUCUUGUUUGCGAGCGCGCGCUCCCCCAUCACGGGACAGAGGUGUUUCCUCGCGCAGAGCUCAGCGCGCGCGCGGCGACUCCGGGAAGCUGCAGCGCGAGGACAAGUCUCGUGCAGCCCUGAGCCCGUAAUUAGAGACCAGGUGCGGCGGUUCGGAGUCUGCUGCGACUAUUUUUCUCCCCCGUUUGACUCCCAGCCCGAUGACAUCUUUUUAUCAGGUGGGACAUAUUUGGAGUGGACCCGCAAGAUGACAGACCCCUCUCAGCCAGACCCCGUCCCGGACCAGGCUCCUCCCGGGCCGGACCCCGCCGUGCUGAACGGGAUGCGCGACCCUGCGGACCCCCAGAAACAGGAGCCGGAGCCCGGGGCGCAAAGUCUCAAGAUGGACCAGGAGAUGAAGAUAACGGACAGCGUGGAUGAGGGAGGCCUGCUGGAGAGCAGCAUGCGGCUGAAGCCCCACGAGGCCCAGAGCUACAGGAAGAAGGCCCUGUGGGUGUCCUGGGUCUCCAUCGUGAUCACCAUCGCUCUGGCCAUCGCCGCCUUCACUGUGUCCAUCAUGCGCCACAGUGCUUCGGCCUUCGGAUUCGCUUUCGACGCCGUGCUGGACGUGCUUUCCUCCGUCAUCGUGCUCUGGCGCUAUAGCAACGCAGCCGCCGUCCACUCAGCCCACCGCGAAUACAUAGCCUGUGUCAUCCUGGGGGUUAUUUUUAUCCUCUCCUCCAUGUGCAUUAUGGGAAAGGCCAUCCAUGACCUGGCCACCAAGCUGCUGCCAGAAGUGGUGAGAAUUCCUACGGCACUCGAACACAUCGGGCCACCUCACUGA